GCCCCGGGGGCAGAUGUUCUUCUUCCUCUACAACCACACUAUCUUGAUCGCUCGCCACUUCCUGACUUACCUGCCAACAGCUUUCACCGAGAACAAAGAGAAUGACUACAACCAACACACCCGAGCGGACUGUCUAUCAGCCAAUUCACGAAUCAUUGAAGGCCAGGCUAGAUCCUGAGUAUGUCACUUUCCACGAAGAGGUGCUCCAAUUCAUCAAGCCCCAAGAAUGGGAAGCUUGGGAUCCAGCCAGCCGUCUUAAACCUUCUGCGGUAACGCGGGGCUCCCAGAUGCAGGUCGAAGUUGGCAAUGUCACCGACUACGACAUAGGAUCGAUGCAGGCCAGAGUAUUCACACCCGCUGGAGAACAGCCCGAGGCAGGAUGGCCAGUCUUGGUCUGGCUUCAUGGAGGUGGAUGGGUGAUGGGCGGCUUGACGAGCGAGAAUGGCUUCUUACGGCAUGUUUGCAGGUACAUCGGAAUUGCCGUAGUUACCAUAAACUAUCGACAUGCCCCAGAGCACAGGUACCCUAUCGCCGUGGAAGAUUCGUUGGCAGGGUACAAAUGGGUGUUGUCUCGAGCCGCCGACUUGCAGAUCAAUCUCGAGAAGGUUGUCCUUGGUGGCCUCUCAGCAGGCGGGAAUCUGGCAGCCAUCUUGUCGAUGAAGAUCAUCCAAGCAGAGUUACCAAGCAAGCCACGGCUUUUGCUAUUGAUCUGCCCAGUCAUCGACAAUACGGCUGACAUCAAGACCGGCUGGAUUGCGUCUCAGCAUGCUCCGUGGCUCACAUCCACGCGCAUGACCUGGUACCGCGACAUGUACCUCGACGCUGAUCAAGCUAGUUCGUGGGAUGCGUCUCCUUGCUUUGCGACUUCCGAGCUGCUCUCGAGGAACCCGAAGACAUUCAUCAUGGUAGCUGAGUGUGACCUCUUGGCACCUGAAGCCUUGGAUUACGCGCAUGCCCUAUCUGCGGCAGGAGUCGUCGUUGAGCAUAAAGUAUUUCCAGGCGCAACGCAUUCAAUGCUCGUUCUUGCGGGGAUCAAUGAGAGGAGCAGACAAGUCGUCCAUGACGCCUGUGACCACAUCGCAUCCGAGGUUGGCCAUUCGUACGAUCGAACAACGGCUCCCAUACUGCCUGCCAACUAG